AUGUCUCAGACUGGCAGAAAAGACUACACCCACGGCGACUACGCUGUGGGGUGGGUCUGUGCCUUGUCAAAAGAGCAGACAGCGGCGAUAGCUAUGCUGGAUGACGAACACGAUAAGCUUCCGAAGCCGUCCAAUGACCAUAACACGUACACCUUGGGCUCUAUUGGCAGACAUAAUAUCGUCAUCGCUUGCUUGCCGAUGGGCAAGAUUGGCACCAAUUCGGCAGCUACAGCAGUUGCCAAUAUGGUUUCUACCUUCCCCUCUAUCAAAUUCGCCCUGAUGGUGGGCAUUGGUGGAGGCAUCCCGUCAAACAAGGUUCGUCUCGGCGACGUGGUGGUUAGCAGCCCAGUUGCUACAUAUCCCGGGGUCGUUCAGUGGGAUAAGGGGAAAGCAACGGAAGGGGGCAGCUUUGAACGGAUCGGGGCCUUGAACAACCCACCCUCAUCGCUAUUGACUGCUUUGACGGUCAUGAAGUCAUACCACGAACUACACGGGCAUCAGAUACAACAUUAUCUGGAUGAAAUGACAGAAAAGUAUCCAAAACUGGCACGAAGAUACCUCAGGUCUGACUCCCUGAAGGAUGUGUUGUUCAAAGCAGGAUAUGGACAUGUCAGCAAACCUCCUUCAAAUGACACUGAUAGCGACGGCGUCUACGACGACGAUGACGACGAUGAAGAAGACUGUCAAUUCUGUGACAAGAGCCAGAUGGUGAAGCGGAAACCUAGGGAUAUGCAAAUCCACUAUGGCCUGAUUGCAUCGGGUAACCAAGUGAUCAAGGACGCAGAAUUUCGGGAUAGACUUAAUAAGGAGCUUGAUGGCAAGGUCCUCUGCGUCGAGAUGGAAGCAGCAGGGCUGAUGGAUAAUUUCCCAUGCCUUGUCAUUCGGGGCAUCUGCGACUAUGCAGACUCGCACAAGAACAUGGCUUGGCAAGAACAUGCGGCAGCGGUGGCCGCCGCGUAUGCGAAGGAGCUGUUGCAACAUGUCCAGCCAAGUGAUGUUGAUGGCGAGCAUUCAAUUAAGGAUUUAAUACAGCAGGCUGCCAAUGUUGUCCAGGUUAAGGCGAAGAUUGAUAGUGGGGAGGACCGCAAGAUUCUCGAAUGGCUUACGCCAAUGGACUACGGACUGCAACAGAGCGAUUAUUUGAAAAGACGACAGAAAGGCACCGGCCAGUGGCUCCUAGACUCAAACGAGUUUCAGGACUGGCUGUCUACCAGCGGUCAGACCCUGUUCUGUCCAGGCAUCCCUGGAACGGGAAAGACGAUUCUCACUUCAAUGGUCAUCGAUCACCUCUUUACAAGGUUCUACAGCAACCCAGAUAUCGGCAUCGCGUAUAUUUACUGCAACUAUCAACGGCAAAAUGAGCAGAAUAUUGACAACUUACUGGCGAGCAUAUUAAAGCAAUUAGCCGAGAGCCAGCCCUCAUUGCAAGACCCUGUCCGUGAUCUUUAUGACCGGCAUGAGAAACGCAAGACACGGCCAUCAUAUGACGAAAUCUCGCGCGUUCUCCAAUCCGUCGUGGAUACAUAUUCACGAACCUUCAUUAUAGUCGAUGCCCUUGACGAAUGUCAAGCAGCUGAUAGCUGCCGGACUAGGUUCCUCUCCGAGCUCUUUCACCUUCGGGGAAACGGCUUGGUAUCCAUUCUUGUUACGUCUAGAGAUCUUCCGGAGAUCUCAAGCCAUUUUGAAGAGAAGUGCACCAGACGGGAGAUCCGUGCGACUACUGAUGACAUCACACGAUACCUGGAAGGCUCUAUGGAGUCUCUGCCGUCAGUGGUCCAGGAGGAUAAAGGACUCCAAAGAGAGAUUGUGAUAGGGAUAGCAGAAUCUGUUGAUGGAAUGUUCCUCUUGGCACAAAUUUAUAUCAAACUGCUUGAGGAUAGGCUGACGGUCAAUGACGUUCGGAGUGCGCUGACGGUCUUCAGCAAGCAGCAGAGCUCAUCAGGAGGAUAUGAAAGAACCAAGAUACUGGAAUUUGCAUAUGGGCAAGCACUGGAGAGAAUCAACAAGCAGAUGCAAGGCCAGAAGAAGCUUGCACUUAAGGUUUUGUCAUGGAUUACCUGUGCAAAGAGACGACUCACGUUGUCGGAACUUCAACAUGCUCUUGCAACUAAACCUGGAAGGGACAGUCUUGACGAAGGAGACUUGCCACACAUCAAAGAUCUGGUAUCUUUUUGUGCUGGGUUGGUGACAGUCGACAAAGAAAGCAAAAUCAUCCGGCUUGUCCACUAUACAACACAGGAAUACCUUGUACGGACGCAAGAUCAGUGGUUUCCGGACGCAGGUGUUGAAAUCGGGAUGGCCUGUGUCACUUACCUUUCAUUCAGGGUCUUUGAGACCGGAGCCUGCGACACGAGCCAAGAGUUUGACCAGCGAUUGCUGUCUAAUCCACUGUACGACUACGCUGCCCGCCACUGGGGUCUUCAUAUCCCAUAUGAGACUGGCUCAGAUCAAGUGGUCAUCAAUUUCCUUCAGAACCAAAAGAAAAUCGAUGCGUCGGUCCAGGCACUGAUGGCUCGUAUGCUACACGCUCCGAGAAUCGAAGUUCCAAAACGUAUGAUAGGGCUACAUUUGGUGGGAUAUUUCGGCCUGAGCAAAGCCGUUGAUAUACUGGUUGCAGCUGGACAAUGUGUUAAUGCACAAGACUUUAAUCGCAGCACACCGCUCAUUUACGCCGGCAGAAAUGGGGACAAGACUACCGUCAAGAGGCUGCUAGCAGCGGGCGCCGACAUCAAUGCUCCUGAUGAGCACGGCUAUACAGCACUAUGUGUUGCUGCUGUCCGUGGCCAUCUUCAGGGUGUCGAGAGGCUACUAGCAGCAGGCGCCGACAUCAAUGCUGUUUAUAAGGACGGCAGAACAGUACUACAUCAAGUGGCUUCCUUUGGCCGUCUUGAUGUUAUUGAGAGGCUGCUAGCAGCAGGCGCCGACAUCAAUGCUGUUGAUAAGGACGGCAGAACAGUACUACAUGAAGCGGCUUCCUUUGGCCGUCUUGAGGUUAUUGAGGGGCUGCUAGCAGCAGGUGCUGACAUCAAUACUGUUGAUAAGGACGGCUAUACAGUACUACAUAAAGCGGCUUUAUUUGGCCGUCUUGGGGCUGUUGAGGGGCUGCUAGCAGCAGGCGCCGAUAUCAAUGCCCCCGGUAGCUCCCAGGGUGGCAAGACAGCGCUGCAGUUGGCGGCUGAGAGAGGCCAUCGCAAGGUCGUCGAGAGGCUGCGGGCAGCGAAUCCCUGGACAAAAGCGUAA